AUGACCACAGACUCUUCCACCCCGCGCUUCCAGAGAGUCGAAUCCCAAGCUGAGAACCCAUUCUCUGCCCUAAUUACGGAUCAAUCAUUCGUCAUUAUCCCCUCCUUCACCUUAGAAUCCGGCGUGACCCUUCACAAUGUCCCGGUGUCUUAUACGUCUCGCGGAAAGCUAUCACCUGAAGGUGAUAAUGCCCUCGUCAUCUGCCAUGCUCUGAGUGGUAGCGCCGAUGUGGCUGACUGGUGGGGACCGCUACUUGGUGGCCCGGGCCAAGCCUUCGAUAUCUCGCGUUUCUUCGUGAUCUGCCUCAACAGCCUUGGAAGUCCUUACGGAAGCGCAAGCGCGGUGACAUAUAAGGAUGGGAACCCGGAGAAUGGGCUUUAUGGGCCCGAGUUCCCUCUUACGACAGUCCGUGAUGACGUGAGGCUUCACAAGCUGGUCCUUGAUGAUCUUGGUGUUAAACAAAUUGCAGCGGUAGUCGGUGGCUCUAUGGGUGGAAUGCUUACCCUUGAGUAUGCCUUCUUCGGGAAGGAUUAUGUUCGUGCCAUCGUUCCUAUCGCUACUUCGGCCCGCCACUCCGCAUGGUGCAUCAGCUGGGGAGAGGCCCAGCGUCAGAGCAUCUACAGCGACCCCAAGUACGAAAACGGAUAUUAUCCGUUUGACGACCCCCCUGCUGCUGGUCUCGGCGCUGCCCGGAUGUCGGCCCUUCUGACCUACCGGAGCCGUAACUCGUUUGAGUCUCGGUUCGGCAGAAAUGUCCCAGACCCGUCCAAGCGCCAAAACAUCAAUGGCACAGAAAGGGUGCCUACGCCCCCGAACGAGCAUUGGGCUAUCCACAAUGAUGGCCACAAGGGUAACUGGAGUCCGAAUGGCCGUAAUUCUCCUGCCCCCGAAAAAGCCGAGGUGCAGUACAUGGACCCGCAAUUUUCUGGUACAAAGACUUUCAGCAAAACUGUCAACAACACCAAUGGAAACACCCAGAAGCGACCCGCAACCUACUUUUCUGCCCAGUCCUACCUCCGUUACCAAGGAGACAAGUUCGUGAAACGGUUCGACGCCAACUGUUACAUCGCCAUCACUCGUAAGCUUGACACACAUGACGUCUCCCGCGACAGGGUUAGCGCAGCCUCCGAGAAUCCUGUUAUCGAGGCGCUUUCGCAGAUCCAACAGCCUGUGCUUGUUCUCGGAAUUGAGAGCGAUGGUCUGUUCACUUUUGAGGAACAGAAGGAAAUUGCCGAGGGAAUUCCCGACUCGAGGCUUAAGCGCAUUGAGAGCCCCGAGGGUCACGAUGCCUUCCUGCUCCAGUUUGAGCAGGUAAACCGAUACAUCCUGGACUUCUUCCGUGAAGUCCUGCCCGACCUCAUGUCCAAGUCUCCCGCCGAUGGUGCCGCAAUUGACGGUGUUGGUAAGCUAACCAAGAACAGCACUUUCGGAGAAGCGGAGGUAGAUGAUAUUACCGCUUGGUAA